UUCUAUCUGCUUUAACCAAUUAUUAAUCGUAUUGUAUAAUUCUCCAUUUUUCCUGCAUUUAACCGGAUGCGAUGACUGAUCUCCGUUGAAUUCUUGUCUUGAACAUUCAGAACUCCUUGAUUCCAGACAUAAAAAAAGUUGGAAACUUUUUUGUUUGUCUUUAUUAAGCAAUGGGUACCUGUUUUUCCACCAUAAAAGUGAGUGGUUCCAAUAGCAACAACCCUCCCACCACCAACAACCGCCGCUCCUCCGCCGGUAAUCCUUCCACGAUUACAUACAAAAAGCGAGAGGGGCCCCGCAAUCAUCAGAAGCCGCGUGAAAAUAACAAGAACCAUCAACAGCAGAAGCAAACCCGGCAGACAAUCAAGAAUGUCUCGAAAAAGUCAAGUGGGAUUAUUCCAUGUGGCAAAAGGACAGAUUUUGGGUAUGAUAAGGAUUUUGAUAAGAGGUAUACCAUUGGGAAAUUGUUGGGGCAUGGCCAAUUUGGUUAUACCUAUGUUGCAAUUGAUAAGUCCAAUGGAGAUCGUGUUGCUGUUAAAAAAAUAGAGAAGAACAAGAUGGUUCUUCCUAUUGCCGUUGAGGAUGUCAAGCGAGAAGUCAAAAUAUUGAAAGCUUUAGCUGGCCAUGAGAAUGUGGUUCACUUCUAUAAUGCUUUUGAGGAUAAUUCUUAUGUAUACAUAGUUAUGGAGCUAUGUGAGGGUGGAGAACUGCUAGACCGUAUCCUAUCAAAAAAGGAUAGCCGUUACACGGAGAAAGAUGCAGCAAUUGUUGUGAGGCAGAUGCUAAAAGUUGCAGCUGAGUGCCAUUUACAUGGUUUUGUACACCGUGAUAUGAAACCAGAGAAUUUCUUAUUCAAGUCUCCUUUGGAAGAUUCACCGCUGAAGGCUACAGAUUUUGGACUUUCUGAUUUCAUACGUCCCGGCAAGAAAUUCCGAGACAUUGUCGGCAGUGCAUAUUAUGUUGCGCCAGAGGUUUUGAAACGUAAAUCUGGGCCUGAAUCAGAUGUGUGGAGCAUUGGUGUGAUUACUUACAUUUUACUUUGUGGCCGACGGCCAUUCUGGGACAAAACAGAGGAUGGCAUAUUUAAGGAGGUCCUCAGGAACAAGCCGGACUUUCGUCGCAAACCAUGGCCAGGAAUAAGCGAUUCCGCUAAAGAUUUUGUAAAGAAAUUACUAAUGAAAGAUCCUCGUGCAAGACUUACUGCAGCUCAGGCCUUAUCUCAUCCAUGGGUUCGAGAAGGAGGUGACGCUUCAGAGAUUCCUCUCGACAUUUCUGUUCUAUCUAAUAUGCGGCAAUUCGUGAAAUACAGCCGGUUUAAGCAGUUUGCGCUUCGUGCAUUGGCAAGUACACUUGACGAGGAGGAGCUUUCUAACCUUCGCGACCAGUUUGAUGCAAUCGAUGUUGAUAAAAAUGGUGCCAUUAGUCUUGAAGAAAUGCGGCAGGCCUUGGAGAAGGAUCUUCCUUGGAAAAUGAAGGACUCGAGAGUUGUUGAAAUCCUCCAAGCGAUAGACAGCAAUACAGAUGGGCUUGUAGAUUUCUCUGAGUUUGUUGCAGCCACUCUGCACGUCCAUCAAUUGGAAGAACAUAAUUCGGAAAAAUGGCAGCAGAGAUCACAGGCGGCCUUUGAAAAAUUCGAUCACACUGGCUUAAAGGGCUCGAUAGACCCACUUCUAGAAGAAGCAGAUAUCGACAAAGAUGGAAGGAUCAGCUUAUCCGAAUUUCGCAAGCUUUUAAGAACUGCCAGCAUGAGCUCACGGAGGUUGACGAGCCCUAGGGCUAAGGCAGCUGCACACAAAAUAUAGAGCAUCAUAAAGUCAAGGUAUUUUGAAUGAGUGCUUUUCGAGUGGCCUAGAGUCCAUUCUGCAUGAUGAUAUGCUUCACUGGGAAGUUAUAUUUUUCCAUAUUCUCAUACCUAUUUGCGGAAGUUGUGUUUACUUGAGAAAUUGAGCAAAAUUGUCGUAUGCCAAAAGUGGACAAAAUGUUCGCACAGAGCAAUGGCGACACGAGGAGAGGGCUUUCGUCACGUUAUUGAUGAAUUAUUGCACUGAUUGCUUUUCAAUUUCAAAUGUCCAGUUUGCCUUUAGGAGAUGAUAUACGAAGUGAUUAUAUAGCUGUGAAUGAGAAAUAUUACGGUCUUACUUGUGAGUUGUGACAUUGUCGCACUUAUGUAUGGUUUACUUGUUAUUCCGAGUUUGGAAUUAGUCAUUGCCAACAAAAUUUUAUUACUUGCUUCUAUGAGUGAUCUGACUUGUCCAAUAUAAAAUGUGGAAUUAUAUUAUAUUUUCUCUUCAUAUUCCUUUUGGGUUUUAUCAUAAUUAUUAUUUUUUUG